ACCGACGUGUGGUUCUUUAACGCAUUGUGUUGUUAGUUUCGGUUUUUAGUUGCUGAGAAAUCAUCAUCAUCAUGUCCGGAAGAGGAAAGGCUGGAGCUGGCGGUAAGGCCCGUGCUAAAUCGAAGACUCGUUCAUCACGAGCUGGGCUUCAGUUUCCCGUGGGCCGAGUUCACCGUCUGUUACGUAAAGGAAACUACGCCGAACGUGUUGGCGCUGGGGCUCCUGUAUACUUAGCUGCUGUACUCGAGUAUUUGACUGCCGAGAUUCUGGAACUGGCAGGGAAUGCAGCCCGAGACAACAAGAAAAGCCGCAUCAUCCCGAGGCACUUGCAGUUGGCUGUCCGUAACGACGAAGAGCUCAACAGGCUGCUGGGCUCGGUGACCAUCGCACAGGGAGGCGUGCUGCCCAACAUUCAGCAAGUCUUACUGCCCAAGAAGGGCUCUGCGGCUGGCCAACAGGCUGGCGGGAAGAAGGGGAAGGAAUCCCAGGAGUACUGAGCCGCUUAACAUCACACACACCCCCCAAAGGCCCUUUUCAGGGCCACCCAAAUCCGCAAAAAAGAGCUUAACUUGGCAAUCCCAAAGGCCAUUUUCAGGGCCACUCAAACCCGCACAGAGUUUCACUUUAAUCCUCACUAUUUCCCAGGGCCACCCCGGAGCUCCACCGUACAGACUGGGACAGGGCAUUUGCCUAAGGGAUGGGGGUGGUCUGGUUUGUCCCACAGCUUAAAGCAGCCGCAUAGUUUGGUCAUUUCAAGUAGCAACUAUAAAUAAACAUUUCAUUAUAUGAAUUAGAAAA